AUGUAUAUAGAAGAAUUUUCUAAUUAACUAAAUUUGGAUCAAGAAACUUUAGAUAAGGUUAAAUAAGCUAUGCAAUAAUUUUCAGAGUAGGAUGAAAAAAUUUAUGUUCCAGCUGUAGUUUAUUUAUGCAGUCAAAGUUGCCAAAUUCAAUAAAUUGAUGGAUAAACAAAACAAGGCAAUGGGAUUACACUUACCUAAAUCAUCCGCAACUUGGAUCCCUAAACUGAUAUUGAGUAGUUCUUAAUGGUUUUGUAAGAUCUUCCUGCGCUUCUGAAGUAUCAUUCAACUGAAUUUGAUAAUGUAGUGAGAUAGGCUAAUUUCAGCUUUAGGUUGUACAAAAAGUUUGACAAAUGCUUUAGUCUCAUCCAGCCUGUACAGAAUCCAAGUUAAACUCCAUAAUUCAAAAAGGAGGAUGAUUGCGAUCCCUAUAUAUCUGACUUAAAAAAAGUAGCUUGGAUUCUCUGCAUAAUAGUUCGAUAGAAUAUUUUACAAUAUGAGGAGCAGUUAGAUAAAAAUUAACUUAUUAUUUGUGAUCCAAAUACUAAAGUCAUUUUAAUUUUAGUGGGAUCUUUAUCGAUUGUAUUUUAAAAUAUUCCAAAUACAUUUACAUAAAAUGUUUCAGAUAUUUCACAAAAAAUGCUGUCCUUUUUUUGCAAUGAUUAAAAAGAAAUCGAUGAGGAAUUAAAAUAUUAUUAGGAUUUGUGCUUUAAAUGCAUCAAUCAAAUUGUGAAUAUGAUGCAACACAAAACUAAAGUAUUAGAUAUGCAAUAAGAUACUCAAGAAACCCAACUUUCAGUAUUGUUUGAAGAAAAUACAAUUGAUUAAACCUAUAGAAGAUUACACAAAUAUUACGAAAAGACUAGAAAGCAUUCUGAUUUGGAUGAAGAAUGUUUUUUGAGAUAGAGGAUUGUAUUUACACCUAAGAAAGACAUCAACAAGCAAGCUGACUAUUAAGACUUUGAAACAUGGUAAAAGAAGACCAAAAUCAAAAGUGAUCCUCCUUUUAUGUAAACACCAUUGAAAGAUAACAAAUUCUCCAACACUCAAGAAAAAACAUAUUUUGAUAUCAAGAAAAAUGCUAAUCCUCAAACUCCUAUAAGUAAAUGCAUGGAAUUACAUUAAUGGAUCAAGAAAAUCACUAUGCAAACUUAUAAAUGCUUUGAAGAUGACGACGACGAAUAAGGGUUUUAUAACCAGGCAACAAUUAACAUUAAUAAAUACUUUGAGGUCACAGAAGCAUCCAAAUCUUAAAAAUAAACUGAACAAGUAUAAACUAUAUUAACAUUGUGUCUUGCUGUCAUAGAUUCAUUAAUGAAAUAGAAUGAAGGUUAAUUUGAUUUGAAAUUACUUAAAAAUUAUAGAUUCCAAUUUGCUAUUUUAGGUUUAUCUCUGUAUACCUAUUAAAUUGUAGCCUAAAAACCUAACUUAUUGCAAAACAUGAAAUAAUUAUGCACAGUCUUUGAGAUAAGUCCCUUAGAUUUAUUUAGAGUGAUAGCUAACUUUGCUCAUUUUCAUAGAUAAAUGCCCUCCACAAUAACUUCAUAACUCUUUGAAUUAGAGAAACAUAUCCUCUUCAAUUUGAUGUGGCAAACAGAUGCUGAAAAACUGGUUGAAAUCUUCAAAGAGAAUUCCCCAAAAUAUUUUGAUUCUGAAUUGGUGAGGAGAUUUUAAAACCAUUUAGCCUUGAGAGUGAAGGAACUUUGCAACAUCUUGGAAUUAGAUAUUCAUGACUUCGCUUAUUCUGCAAUCUGUGAUUUUAUGAAGAAUCCUAAAUUAUCAGUAUUGAAGGAUGUGAUUUUUGACACUGUGAUCAUUUGCACAUUCUAUGUCAUUUAAAAACAUCAAAAACAAAGUCCCUCCUUUAACUCUUACAAUAAACUUUACACUAAAUAUUACUCAUAACAAAAGCAAGUAUUCACUAGAAUUGUUGAGUAUUAUAAUGAGAAAUUCUUGAAUGAAUUCAGAGAUAUUGUAAAAUCCAUAUCGAAUGCUCAACCUUUACAAAUACCCAAGAAUUUUGAAUGCCAAAGUCCCCUGAUAAUAAAACAAAUCCCCGUGUCUCCAAAUUACAGGCAAUAAUAUAUUGCUACUCCAGAACCACCCUCCCCUCAAAAAAACUUCAUGCGCUCGUUGAUGCAAAAGAUAAAACCAUAAUAAUAAUAAUAAUAAUAACAAUAAUAAUAAUAAUAACAAUAACCAUAAAAAAAACAACCAUAAAAAAAAUAAUAAGACAUUCAACCUUUCCAAGAUUGA